AUGCCGCCGCCAGAAAAGACUCCCCUGCCGCCGGCCGCGAAGCCGCGCUUCAGCAACAACUUCGAUCCGUACAAUUCCAGCGCUACCGGCCAUCAACGCCCGGAGACGGCACCCGGCGCGACUCUCGGGUGGCGGGACAGCCGAGCCCGCAAACUCGCCGGGCAGUUCGCUGCGGGCCACUCCGGUGGCGUCCGUAUGAGCGAUACCUACGGCGCUGGGAGCGAAGACUACGAUGAGAAGCUCAAGAUGGUUGUGCCCAAGAAUGUCAGGGCACGGGCAACGACAAGCGUUGCCGAUAUGCUCGCGAGGCCGGGGCUGAUGAGGAGCGGCUCGUCCAUCUCUGACGCUGGAUCCGCUACUUCAACGGCAUCAGCCGUGAGAGGAGAUUCAACAAAUGAGGAAGCCAUUAUGGAGGCCCGCAGGAGGGAGGACGAAGAAAAGGAGGAGAAGGCAGCUGUUGGACGUGGCUUGUUCGAGGGCGUAACUGUCUAUGUCAACGGCAGCACGCAUCCCAUUAUCUCGGAUCACAAGCUCAAGCGCGUGCUGGUCGAGAAUGGCGCCCGCAUGUCGAUACACCUCGGCCGGAGGCAGGUUACGCACGUCAUCGUGGGCAGGCCGGCGGGAGUCGGGGCUGGAGCCGGUGGUGGCCUCGCAAGUGGCAAGCUGGAGAAGGAGAUUCGCAAGGUGGGCGGCUGUGGAGUGAAGUAUGUUGGAGUCGAGUGGGUGCUCGAGAGUCUAAAGGCAGGAACUCGGUUAUCGGAAGCACGGUUUGCACCGCUGAAGGUUGCGAGAGAGGGGCAGAAGAGCGUCUACGGCAUGUUUGGAAAGCCACCCUCGACAGGUCCUUCCGCUGGUUCGGCUAGUUGA